AGAAGAAGAAGAAGAAGAAGAAGAAGAAGAAGAAGGUGGUUCGCGUUGUUGAAGAUCACUAUGGCCUUCUCACCAAUGGCACUUCCAAAAGUAUUAUGGAGAACACACUACAGGCCUUUCAGUGUUUCAACAGUUGUGGCAGCUAUUCAGAAGCUGACAAGAGUACGGGUGGUCGACAACAGCAGCCUUGGAAACACCCCAUAUCACCGUGCCCCUAGAGUCAUUCAUGUAUACACCAAAAAUGGAUUUGGCAAAGUGGGUGACACUGUACUUUUGGCCAUUAAAGGACAGAAAAAGAAAGCACUGAUUGUGGGUCACAAGAUGCCUGGACCAAGAAUGUCACCGAGGUUUGAUUCAAACAAUGUUGUUUUAAUUGAAGAAAAUGGGAACCCAACAGGAACACGGAUUAAAGCUCCUAUACCUACACAGCUACGCAAACUGGAGGGUGAUUACUCUAAAUUACUAGCUAUUGCACAACGCUUUGUGUAGGUAGGGUUACUGAGCUGCAUGUUUGUCUGAGAGGACCAUUUGCUACUAACUGGAGACAAAAAAACAAAAAAAAUUAUAACUUUGCAAAUCAACAACACCUAAUAAAAUAUAAUUUAAUAAUAUAGAAAAAAAAUCUGUUUUGAUUGUAAAUUAUUAGCAUGUAUGUUUUUAUUUUUAUACAAUUGCUCUUGGAUUUAACAGUUCCGUAUGGUAUUUGUGAGGUUGCCUGAGGCAAUGUUGUGCUGGCUGUUUUCAUAUAUUUCCAUCAUAUUCUGUUUUGUUAAGGAGCUAGUGGAAUUUUACAGUUCUUUGCAAAAAUAAAUAAAUCUGAAUAAAUUCA